UUGUGAUUUCAAAUUGAAAAACAAAGAUUUAAAUGAUUUACUAAAAAGACCUAUAAAAUAUCAAAUGAUCCCAAAUAGAAACUUGUAUAGGGCAUAAAACAAUUAGAUCUAAAAAGGUAUUGGGCUCUUUUGCUUUAGAAUUUAUAAAAAAAAAAAACUUGAAUUGGGCUUUCUUCAAAUAUGUGAUUUGGUAUCGAACCUUUUUUUUCUUUUUCUUUGGGGGGACAUUUGAUAAAUAAGAAAAAGAAGAAGGCCGUCUUCAAUAAUUUUUCUACUUUCCCUGAACAAAGGACGACGACGAAACAAACACAAAAAAGAAAGCAAAAAAAUCAAGGAGGAAGAGAAAUAAGAAUGGUGAACUAUGUGCUUAAAAUCACGGCUGAUCUCGACAGUCUCACUAAUCUCCAGCCUUCCGGUGGCUGCGAAGAUCCCAACUUCCCUUACCUCUUCAAGUUGAAAUGUGAAAGAUGUGGAGAGGUGACUCCUAAAGAAACAUGUGUGACUUUGAAUGAGACAUUUACUCCUCCGGGAGGUAGGGGUACUUGCCAUCUUGUUCAGAAGUGUAAGUUCUGUGGAAGGGAAGGGAAUGUGACAAUGAUUCCUGGGAAAGGUCGACCUUUAACUCUGGAAGAUUCUGAGGCUGGAGUACAUGCCCCUCUUAUGGUCUUUGACUGUCGUGGCUAUGAACCUGUGGAUUUCGGAUUUGGUGGAUAUUGGAAAGCUGAAGCUGAAUCUGGGACCAAAUAUGAUGAGAUUGAUUUGUCGAGUGGUGAGGAAUUCACAGAGUAUGAUGAGAAGGGCGAGUGCCCCGUAAUGAUUUCGAACUUCCGUGCAAGCUUCAGCGUCACCACCAAGUAAAGUCUAUUGUCUAUUUUCUGAUUCACUGCACACUUGGUGUAUGUAAAAACCAUGAGAUGAUAAUUACUCAAGUUCUAAUAAAUUUCUCUUUUUCUA